UGUCAAGAUCACUGUCGUGCUUGCUGCACACGAACUGUUUUUACUCCUCCUUAAAUUCUACUUCUACUUACAGUUCUUUUUUUUUUCCUCUCUCUUCAAUUAGACUUUAAAACUUAUCAUUUUUGCUAAUUGAUUCAAAAGUACCUGGCCUAACCGUUUGUUUGAAUUUCGGGCCCACGCUUCGGCACUGAUAAGAACAAUAGCUGUUGGAUUCGUUAUUCCGUUGUGUAUUGAUAUUUGGAUUUCAACAGUUGUCAGCUAGUGUCGUUUUUUGUUCGUUACAACUAUCCGUUGGUCUGUGCAUCUGAAGAAUAGCUGAUCAUGAGGAUCCUGAUGGUGUUCGAAGUGUGAUCUGUGGAGCGAAGAUUCGUUGCUGUUUCGUGAUUUUUGGUGUGAUUUGUGCAUUUUAUUCAGAUUAAUUACCGAUUGAACCGCCGUCGAUAGAGAACGCGACAAGAUGAGCAAUCGUCAGACACCGUCUAAUGAUGAGAUGGAGAUAGCGGAGGCGAAGAAUCCACUCGCCGACCUGCUGUACGACUACACGGCCCAGGCCAUGACGACCCGGGCUGGGAACUACAUGUAUCAUCGAAUCGAUGCCUGCUUGGCGGUCGUAGAGAAAACGGCCAAAUGGAGCUUACCACAGUCUCCGCCUCCGAGCGAGGAAGAUACGAGCAAAAUGAACAUUUCACCGCCUCCUUUGAUUCGGCCGCUUCCUUGGAUAUUGUUUUUACCGGCGUUGAUUGCCUUGAGGCUAGUUCGUGUCUCUCUGUCCUUCAUAGCAUUGCUGAUCGGGAAGCAACCUGUUUACCCGGCCACCAUGGUAAGCUUCCUGCAAUCACGCCGUCGCAAGCUGCGAGCGCUGAAGUACCGCGGCCAGAAGAUACAGCGCAUGAAACGUGCCGAAUUGGAGUCUGAACAAGGCCAUGAACAAGCAGCUAAGACUUGGCUUGAUAGGAUCACCUUUCCACUGCGAUACAUAAUCUGCCUGAGGGCCGUCCGACCUGGAACCUCGACUAACCAACGGGAACACCAUCAUCAUCACCAUCACCACCAACGGCAGUCACGUGAUGCGAACAAUGAAGUGGCGAACGAUGGGGAUGAAUCCUCACGAGCGAACCCACGUGAUGAGACGGCACGCCGCGGAAAACGCAACGUUCACGAGCGAGAUGCCGAUGAUAGCGGGAGCUCGUUCGACGCCUCUGUUCAGGAACUGCUGGAAAAGUAUGCCAACGAGGAUGGAGACUCCAGUUACCAUAUGAGUGAUUCGGCCUCUUCUUCAGAAACCGACAGCUUCAUAUCAGGGAGCGAUAUAUCGGCUACGGAAGCAACGGACGUCGCAAAAGAAAACGAUUCGAAAAAGGCCAAAAAGGAGAGCAAUGGGCAUGUUACACCGCCAGAGAAGAAACCCGGUGUCUCACAGAAGCCGCCACAACCGAAGAAGAGAUCCUCGCUGAAUGCCGCAAACAAUGACAAAUCGGAAGAGAAGCCGAAACCAUCGGCAACUGCUGAAGCGGCUGCCAGCAACGGGAAAGUUGAGCCGAAAGAUGAACCCAAAGAAGAAUCUCAAACCGAAGCUACUCAGAAACCGAUAAAACCUACAUCCGAUGCAACAGAGAACAUCGACAACAAACCCGCAACUCAGAACAAUUCUGCUAAGGCUGAUUCAUCGGAGGACAGCACCAAACCUGACAUUCAAAAUUCGAAAAAUCCAUCGCCUACUACGACGAAGGAAGUGAAGAACAACCCUCAGCAGAAGAAUAUGCAACAACAACAACAGCAACCAAACCAAAAAAGUCAGCAAAAUCCACACCAACAACAGCAAACCGCAACAGUCAACGGUGGCGGUGGAGGUGGAAAGAAGCACAAGAGGCCCCAUCAUCAACACUCUCAGCAGAAUCAACAUCAGCUGCAUCAGCAACAACAGCAGCAACAGCAACAUCAACAACAACAGCAAUACUGAACCGAAUCUGACUGUCAACUAGACAGUCUUCACUUGCAGUGCCUACUUACGUUUUUGGCUUUUUCGGCGGGGCUGGAUUUUUCACUGUUGCUCUUCUAUAUUCCUAUUGUUUGAAACCAUGUAAUGCUUAAGUCCGAUGUUUGUAACUGUGUAUGAGAUUGCUGUGUCUGAAUGAGUGUGAUAGAUAUAAUUUUUUCGUUUUUUUUUUUGAGAAUAUAUACUUUUUUGUAAUGGAA